CCCUCAAAGCGACAGCGUUGUCAUCGAUCCAACGAUUCCCCGCGACCCCCUUCAUCCUCAAGUGGCGGCACAAGCAUCGGCACAAGCAUCGGUAAAUACUACGGAAUUGGCGAUAAAGAGAGUCUCGAUAAUAUCUUCGCCUCGUUCCCGCAGACCUUUACAACAGUACCCGAGCCCCAUGGCUCCCGUCGGCGUUAUCAGCCGUUAUGGGAGCUGCGUAAUGAUCACGAAAUUUACCUCUCUAACGACUUCCUACCCAAUAAUCGGGAUCACCAACGAGUCCGUACGCCGCUCCCUGGCCCCGAGCCUCACAUACCUCCUCCGUAUUCCCAGACAGCCGAGCCAAGUCAGCCUUCGCCAGAUGCCCAAUUCGCCAACGCCCUACAGCUAGUCCGCGAGGUAGUCGGGACAGAGCGAAGACUUACUCUCGAGUUUGCCCAAUCCUACGAGCGAGUUCGCCAAUGGCGUGAGAGAUGGGGCUACUCUCCGCUUAGAUCCGAUGAGUACCGAUCCCCUCCGCCCUAUUCACUGCUACGUUGCUCUCCGGCUCCAGUCAUAUCGAUCUCCUCGAGUCCAGCCUCGUUUUCGCCUGACUCCGACGCGAUUCCAAACCCUCCGAUCACAGACGAACCAGAGCCGACGUUAGACGCUCUAUUUAAGCGAGUGAAUACAUUUGCUAAAGCUAAUGGCUUUGGGAUUGCGCGAUGUAGUACCUACUCUUAUAAGGGCCGGAAGAUUAGAUGUUCAAUUCGAUGCGACCGGUUCGGAGAUCCGGAGCCUACCAAAGGUACCGGGGCGAAGCAGCGCAAGUCUCGCAAGUGUGGAUGCCAGUGGAUGCUGAUGGCCGAAGCAAUCGAGGAGGGGAAGUGGCUCCUUCGGCAUUACCCAAACCACCAGCAUAGCCAGCAUAAUCAUAGCCCUAGCCUUAAACCCUCGGCACAUCCUUCCCACCGGAGGCUCACCGAGACCGUCAAGAAUACUAUCGAAUCUACAAGCCAUCGCGUAGGCAUUCGCGCCCGUGAUGUACGUGCUAUUGUCCAAGAGCAACAUCCCGACUCUGUCCUUACGCAAAGAGAUAUCUAUAACGCUAGGUCUCUAAUUAACCGCGAGAAGUUAAAGGGGUACACACCAACCGCGGCUCUAAUUAAGCUCUUCGAUGAAAGCAAGACUCCCUAUGUUAUCAAGUGGGCAGAUGAUGAGCCUAAUCAUCUCGUUGGGCUCAUCUAG